GUGCGAGAUCGAGGAUCCUGUUAUUGUGUGCUUCCAUGUUUCACCUGAUUUAGGUUCAGCGGUACAGAUCGCGCAAGUGUUCUCCAGCUAGCCGAGGCGCAGCGUCUGUGUCAAGAGAGACGAGUUUCAGUCUCAGAAAGACAUCAUAAAAAUGGCUUCAAAAAGAGCUCUGGUUAUUCUGGCUAAAGGAGCAGAGGAGAUGGAGACAGUCAUCCCUGUAGAUGUCAUGAGACGGGCUGGAAUUAAGGUCACCGUUGCUGGUCUGACUGGAAAAGACCCAGUACAAUGCAGCCGAGAUGUUCUCAUUUGUCCUGAUGUUAGUCUGGAGGAUGCAAAAAAAGAGGGGCCUUAUGAUGUGGUAGUUCUACCAGGAGGUAAUCUGGGUGCACAGAAUUUAGCCGAGUCUGCAGUUGUGAAAGAGAUACUGAAGGACCAAGAAAAACGGAAAGGCCUCAUAGCUGCUAUCUGUGCAGGUCCUACAGCUCUGUUGGCUCAUGAAAUAGGUUUUGGAAGCAAAGUUACAACACAUCCACUUGCUAAAGACAAAAUGAUGAAUGGAAGUCAUUACAACUACUCAGAAAAUCGUGUGGAAAAGGAUGGUUUGAUCCUUACCAGCCGAGGGCCUGGGACCAGCUUUGAAUUUGCUCUUGCAAUUGUUGAGGCACUGAGUGGUAAGGAGGUGGCUGACCAAGUAAAAGCCCCUCUUGUUCUUAAAGAUUAGAGCAGAAAUAUUUCAUAAUGAGUUAGAACUCUCACUGUGUUCACUUUAAGCAAAGACAGGCAGUUGAUGUGUUAAAAAAAGCUGCCCUCCCUGCCUUGGUGAAAUCCAGUUGUGCAGCAAUAGGUAUAUUUGGUCCCUACAUUUCUGAACCCCAAUUGCAGAAUAAAAAGUGCAUAAACACAAACAA